CACAUCUUCCACCAAAUGAUUAAAGACGCCUCAGGCAGCUCUAACGGAGUCCAAGCCACAUAUAUCAUUUAAAAAAGCUUGUCUUAUAUUUUUCUCAAACUUUGUGGACCCUUUUUGAGUCACACACUAUAUUUUCCCGACUUGCAUUUUCAUCACAAUACUCUGAACCGCUCUUUAAGUAAAGUUGUGCGUUAAGUUACUGCUGACGCCACAGAUAAACUUGGAAAACUGCGUCUGGAUAAACUUCAGAGGAGCCAGAGGAAGCCAAGCAGCCGCCGACGUGGGGAGGACGAGGAAGAGCGGAAAAGUGACGAGCGAAGGUAGACGCAUCUUCCCUCUGCUCGCCUGUGUGAGGGUCCCGCCAUGGGGAAACAGAACAGCAAGCUGCGGCCCGAGGUCCUGAACGACCUGAGAGAGAACACAGAGUUCACCGACAAUGAGUUGCAGGAGUGGUACAGAGGUUUCUUGAAGGACUGUCCCACCGGCCACCUGACGGUGGAGGAGUUCAAGAAGAUCUACGCCAACUUCUUCCCCUACGGAGACGCCUCAAAGUUCGCCGAGCACGUCUUCCGCACCUUCGACACCAACGGCGAUGCCACCAUCGACUUCAGGGAGUUCAUCAUCGCCCUGAGCGUGACGUCUCGCGGAGGUCUGGAGCAGAAGCUGCGCUGGGCGUUCAGCAUGUACGACCUGGAUGGGAAUGGCUACAUCAGCCGGGCGGAGAUGCUGGAGAUCGUUCAGGCAAUAUACAAGAUGGUGUCGUCGGUAAUGAAGAUGCCUGAGGAUGAGUCAACACCAGAGAAAAGGACAGACAAGAUCUUCAAGCAAAUGGACAUCGACAACGAUGGUAGACUGUCAUUGGAGGAGUUCAUUAAAGGUGCCAAGAGUGACCCAUCCAUCGUGAGGCUGCUGCAGUCAGAUCAGGGAACCUCUCGCCAGAUUUAACCCAGAUCUUUGCUCCUCUGCUCGACAUCACCCACCGGCUCCAUUUUCAUCCAUAUUCCAUGUCUGACAUGAUGCCUGUGGACCACGAGGAACUUGGGAUUGCAGUUUCUGCUUAGUGCCAUUAGUGUAUAUUUAUAAAUCUUAUAUAAAAAGGAAAGAUUUGAAUUUGGAUUACACUCAAGUUCCUUUUAAAGCUCAAUGCUGUUGAUUUUGCAUGUGCUCAGAGUUUUUUUAGUGUGUGAAUAAGGAGUCUGUGGUUUGUUUGGUUUUAUUUUAUUUUUUUAAUUUUUGUAACAAAAAUGUCAUGUUGGUUUCACACAAAUAAAGUCGUGUAAGAAAAAUCUA